AAGUUUGUGGUUGGGUGCCGGCUGCCAUCUUGGACCUCGCUCGUUUGAGAAGCCGGCCGCCCGUAAAAAUCUCGAGUUUGUCAAGCUCGCGCGGCCUCAGGAAUCCUAUACGCAACUUUCUUAGUAUUGCAACAAAUUUGGAAUCCUAUUGCAGUCAAAACAGUCAAAAUUUGGACACGGAAUGCUUUAGGUUUACUUUUGUCAGCACGUGUUUGUGGGUGGGCAAGUGGAAAAUUGAGAUCAAUUAGUAACGAUAAGAAUUUGGUAGUUGGCCGAGACAGUGCAGCUGUCAAUACACCAAAUAAAAACACACAUAUAAUUGAGAAAAUGGCACUACCAAGUAGAGCAAGAGUUUAUGCAGACGUGAAUUCACACAAAUCUAGGGAUUAUUGGGAUUAUGAAUCGUAUGUUGUUGAUUGGGGACAGCAAGAUGAUUAUCAGUUAGUAAGAAAACUUGGCAGAGGAAAGUAUAGUGAAGUAUUUGAAGCCAUAAAUGUAACGACCACUGAAAAAUGUGUUGUAAAGAUCUUGAAGCCUGUAAAAAAGAAGAAAAUAAAAAGGGAAAUUAAAAUCUUAGAAAAUCUUAAAGGCGGGACCAACAUAAUUACACUCCAAGCAGUUGUUAAAGAUCCAGUAUCAAGGACACCAGCACUAAUUUUUGAACAUGUCAACAACACAGAUUUCAAGCAAUUAUACCAGACUCUAACAGACUACGACAUAAGAUACUACCUCUACGAACUAUUAAAAGCACUGGACUAUUGUCACAGCAUGGGUAUAAUGCACAGAGAUGUAAAGCCGCACAAUGUCAUGAUAGACCAUGAAAACCGAAAGUUGCGGUUAAUUGAUUGGGGCCUAGCAGAAUUUUAUCAUCCUGGGCAAGAGUACAACGUUCGAGUAGCUUCACGCUAUUUUAAAGGCCCAGAACUACUUGUAGAUUAUCAGAUGUAUGACUAUUCCCUAGAUAUGUGGUCGUUGGGCUGUAUGCUCGCGAGUAUGAUUUUUAGAAAAGAACCAUUCUUUCAUGGACAUGACAAUUACGACCAACUAGUUAGAAUUGCAAAAGUUCUUGGAACUGAAGAACUAUUGGAAUAUCUUGAUAAAUACCAUAUCGAAUUAGAUCCUCGUUUUAAUGACAUAUUAGGAAGGCACUCGCGUAAGCGUUGGGAACGUUUCGUGCACUCAGAAAAUCAACAUUUAGUUUCGCCCGAAAGUCUUGAUUUUCUUGACAAACUUUUGCGUUAUGACCAUUUUGAAAGACUCACAGCACGUGAGGCUAUGGACCAUCCUUACUUUUAUCCCAUAGUAAAAGAACAGGGUCGAUUAAAUAUGGUAUCAUCAUCACCUACUCCCAUGGCAGGCUCAUUGCCUGUAGGUGAGUAGCAACCCAGAAGGUCGUUACAGAUGACCGUAGCAUGACUGUGAACAGCUUACCAGUUCAUGGAACAAACGGAUUGGGAAGUAUGGACGGAGUUACAAGUGGGGUUCUGAUGCCCUUGGAAGAACUGCGUCCACUUUUAUAAGUUCAGUAUUUCUGAACUAUACAUUAACUCCCAGUCUACAUCCUAAUACAACACAGCAACAGCAGAUAUAUUGUAUCGUCAACUACAUACUCCUCUGCACCACAAUCAUUCUGGUUUGUAACAACGGCUUCAUCGAUCCCGUCAUUAAGACUGAGAUAUCUCACAUUGCCCAUUACUCUUUGAAAGAUCUGUAAAAAAAAAAAAAGAGAAACAACAACAUUUAAAAAUUAUUCGAUAUUCACAAUGUACGUAGAAGUUCGCGAAGUAAAAAGGUUUACAGUACGAAAUCUAAUAUAAUUAAGAUACAUGUCCAGUACAGAUUGGCCCGGGCUGUAUGUGAUAUCAAAUACAAAACAUGUAUUAUUUUUUUCAUUCUGUAAUUGCCCCCUAUUGUAUUAUAUUUUUUAACGUUGCUGUUAUCGCAUUCGUGUCAAGUCUAUGACGCAUAAAGAUGCGCCUAGAUAUAAUUUUAUUUAAAAGGGGUGGUCACAUUUAUGCUGACACAAGACGUCUUAUAGCAGCAGAAAUAUGAGACGAAAACCACAUACAUACAUUCAUACACAGUUCACACGCUCACACUUAUACGCGUACCUUAGGCCAUUCGGUUUAGUACUUUUAACGAUGAUAAAAAUGUUCGUUUAUAUCUGAUACCACAAUGAUAGUUGAAUAAAAUGUUUGUUAUAGCCAA